GUGUGUGACCAACGGAGUGGAUGUGGUGGACGGGAACCCUGCCUGCCAUGGACAAGCCUGCAGUGUGACCAACGGAGUGGACGUGGUGGACGGGAACCCUGCCUGCCACGGACAAGCCUGCAGUGUGACCAACGGAGUGGACGUGGUGGACUGGAACCCUGCCACGGACAAGCACAUUCCCUCGCAGUACACCGCUGCUGACAUGGCUGGCAAGGCAGCAUGCAAGGCAGCACUGCAGCAGGAGCUGGGUCUCCCUGUCCGACCAGACGUGCCUCUGAUCGGCUUCAUCGGGCGUUUGGACUGGCAAAAGGGCCCUGACGUUAUUCAAGCAGGAGUGCCGGAGCUUAUGACUGACGACGUGCAGUUUAUCAUGCUAGGGAGUGGCGAUGCGGAGUACGAGUCAUGGAUGGCGUGGGCGGAGGGCGAGUAUCGGGACAAGUUCCGCGGCUGGGUGGGCUUCUCGGUGCCUGUGGCACACAGGAUGACUGCUGGCUGCGACAUUCUGCUCAUGCCAUCGCGAUUCGAGCCGUGUGGGCUGAACCAGCUGUACGCCAUGCGAUACGGCACCAUCCCCGUCGUGCACGCCACUGGCGGGCUGCGGGACACGGUUCAGGACUUCAACCCGUUUGCCAACGAGGGCAAGGGCGAUGGCACAGGGUGGACCUUCUCACCCCUCACCAAGGAAGCCAUGAUGGGGGCGCUGUGGACGGCCAUUCAGACGUACAGGGAGCACAAGGACUCGUGGGCGCGGGUGAUGGAGCGGGGCAUGCUGCAGGACAUGUCGUGGAACAAGGCAGCCGAGCAGUACGAGCAGAUCUUUGGCUGGGCUAUGCAGGACAAGCCGUAUGCUUGA